AAACAACUCAAAUCCAAACCAACCUACCUUCCUUUCUCAUCCCCUCAACCAUUUCCAUAACAAAUUGUUUUACUGGAAAUUCUUCAUGGAUUCUCCCACCAACGUCCCUAGAUGGACACCAAGUUCAUCAAGAUCCCGGCCAAAAGAUUCUAUAGCUGACCUUGAGGUGCGAAGCCUUUCUUUCUCAGGAGAAAACAUUUCUCAUCCUUCUGGCAGGGACAGGAGUUUCCCAUAUAGCGCUGGUCCAAAACUUCAUUCAGAUAAAUCUGAAACAGUCACUCAGAGGAUCCAGAUGGAAGCAGUUAGCGGACCCAAUAGAAAAAAUGAUGAGUGGGUUGAUUAUACAACAACAAAAGCAAGUAGUGGUAUUUUCUUGACAUGGACGGACCUUACGGUGACUGUUCCCAGUGGGAAAACUGGCCGCCGAGCUAUUUUGCAGAAGCUUAAUGGGUAUGCUGAGCCUGGAAAAAUCUUAGCUAUCAUGGGUCCUUCAGGCUGUGGCAAGUCUACCCUUCUGGAUGCAUUGGCAGGAAGACUGGGUUCCAACACACAGCAAACAGGGGAGAUCCUAAUCAAUGGUCGCAAAGAGGCACUUGCUUUUGGAACUUCCGCCUAUGUGACGCAAGAUAAUACUCUAAUGACAACAUUAACAGUAAGGGAAGCUGUGUACUAUUCAGCACUGCUCCAACUGCCGGACUCCAUGCCCAAAUCGGAGAAGAAGGAAAGAGCUGAAAUGACAAUUAGAGAAAUGGGGUUGCAAGAUGCAAUUGACACGAGAAUCGGAGGGUGGAGCCAUAAAGGGCUUAGUGGUGGCCAAAAGAGAAGAGUUAGCAUUUGCAUUGAAAUCUUAACCCGCCCAAAGCUUCUGUUUCUUGAUGAGCCAACCAGUGGACUAGAUAGUGCAGCAUCUUACCAUGUUAUGAAACGCAUUGUUAUGCUUGCUCGCCAUGAUGGCAGAACUGUUAUUGCAUCAAUUCAUCAACCUAGCAGUGAAGUUUUUGAGCUCUUCCACAAUCUCUGCCUUCUUUCCACAGGAAGGACAGUUUAUUUUGGCCCUGUUACAGGUGCAGAACAGUUCUUUGCUUCAAAUGGGUUUCCUUGCCCAAGUCAUAGAAACCCAUCUGAUCAUUAUUUAAGGACUAUUAAUCAGGACUUCGAAGAAGAUGUUGAGCAAGGGUUUAGCAGCAUCAGUACUGAGGAAGUCAUCAAUAUUCUAGUCAAAGCAUAUAAAUCAUCAGAGAACAGCCAACAAGUUCAACAGCGUGUUUCAGAGAUAUGCAAUCAGAAAGAAGGGACGCUGGAGAAGAAGGGAAGCCAAGCAAGCUUCAUCACCCAUUGCCUGGUUCUUACAAGAAGAUCCUUCGUGAACAUGUAUCGCGAUUUAGGCUAUUACUGGCUUCGCUUUAUCAUCUAUGUGGCUCUAUGUUUAUGUGUAGGAACAAUGUUCCAUGACAUUGGACACAGUUAUGGGUCAAUUCAGGCUAGAGGUUCAAUGCUUACCUUUGUUUCAUCCUUUUUGACUUUCAUGUCAAUUGGUGGAUUCCCUUCUUUUGUGGAGGACAUGAAGAUAUUCGGACGCGAAAGGCUAAAUGGACACUAUGGUGUUGCGGCAUUUGUUAUUAGCAACUCAGUUUCUUCGGCUCCUUACUUGCUUAUAAUCUCAUUGAUUCCUGGAGCAAUAUCCUAUUUUCUAGUUGGACUGCAAAAGGAUUUUGACCGCUUUGCCUACUUUGCUUUGCUACUUUUUGUAUGCAUGAUGCUGGUUGAGAGCUUAAUGAUGAUUGUUGCAAGCAUAGUUCCGGAUUUUCUCAUGGGAAUCAUAACCGGUGCCGGAGUAAUCGGCGUGAUGAUGUUGGAUGGAGGAUUCUUUAGAUUGCCAGACGAUCUUCCUAAGCCAGUUUGGAAGUACCCACUUUUCUAUAUUGCUUAUCACAGGUAUGCAAAUCAAGGGUUCUACAAAAAUGAGUUUCAAGGCUUAACGUUUCCAAAUAACCAGGCAGGAGGGCCACCUACAAUCUCUGGUAAAGAAGUCUUGGACAGUUUUUGGCAAGUUGAUUUGGGCCACUCCAAAUGGGUUGAUCUUCUUGUUUUGUGCGCAAUGGUUGUUGUGUACAGGCUCAUCUUUUUAGCAAUUAUCAAAACAGUGGAGAAGGUUAAGCCUAUUAUCAAAUCUCUUAUGGCUCCAAAACCAUCCAUUCAGAUUUGGGAGAAUCCCUCCGUUUCUGUCACGCCUCUGCAAUCCGCUACACCGGCACAAUAUGCUUCAAGGAUAUGAAGUUAAAUUGCAAAUAUUUCUUCUUAGCUUAUUCCUAUUAACUAUUUAGUAAUAUUUGAUUGGAUGAUUUUCAAGUUAAAAAAAAUAAAUCUAGUUUUAUGUGUGAAAUAAAUAAAUGUUUGCUAGAGGUAUUAGGACAUAAUGUUUGUUGUAUUAAUAAAUUUUGAGAAACUGCCUUUAAUUGGCAUGGUGUACUUUCCUUAGAUAUUAUAAUAUUUAUGAUAUUAAUUAUCA